UUUCAGGUGUAAAGUGAUGUGUGAAACUUGGGGAAUUUAAAGAUUUGAAAGGAAUGACCACAGUCAAGAUUGCACCUGGGGCAGUGGUCUAUUCAAAGUGCGACCUACAAGGAGACAUCACGAUCGGGAGUCACACGAUCGUGCACCCUGGAGCUCGCAUCAUCGCCAAGGGCGGUCCCAUUGUCAUUGGAGACUGCAACAUCAUUGAGGAAAGGGUCACCAUUCUCAAUGAGGAAAGGGGUGAGGGUCAGCAUGUGAUGACAAUCGGCUCCAACAAUGUCUUCGAGGUGGAUGCCCAUAUUGAAGCCAUGAAGAUAGGUGACUACAAUGUUAUUGAGCCCAAAGCUCACCUUGGCUAUGGCAUAGAGCUGACCAAUGGUUGCAUCAUCAGUGCAAUGAAUCGUCUGACGGGUAAGGAGACCUUACCCGAGAAGACUGUUGUCUAUGGAUCGAGUGGAGCAAGGAGACUGCACACUGAGAAAUUCACAUCCCAGGCACUGCAGUUGGACUUCCUUCGGAAGAUGUUUCCCAACUACCACACGAUCCUUCGGCCGAACAAGAAGCCCGAAUCUGCACCUUCUGCCAAGUCUGAGUCCUUGGCUUCACCUGCCGUCUUGUGAUCUGUUUCAGCUUUAAAUUCAGUUGAGGUAUACAAGCAUUUUAUACACCUUUUUGGUGACUGUGAAUGAAGUUUAUGUUCUUCAAA